UUAAUUAUUUAAAAAAAUUGACGAUUACCUACCGCAUAUAUAAUAUUACCUGCGUCGAAGCCUCCUUCUUUGGAAUUGGAGUUCUCGCGUCCAUAAAUAUAGUCACUUAUAUAACGGCCGAAUGCGAUAAACCCAACCCUCUUUAAUUUACUCUUCCAUUUCUCGUUUCACCUCUAAAUUAACUCCUAAUUUUAUCUCUAUAAAAAAUCUGUUUCUCGAAUCUGCUUCACCAAGAGAACUCUUCUCUCCAAAUAGUUAUAUAUAUGAAUAUAAAGGAGGUGACAAAGGUUGUUCUAACGAAGCCUUUAUCGAUAGAAUCUAUUAAUUCUUAUGAUGAAAACAAAGCUUCCAAAAUCCUUCAAGGAGCUCUUAGUUUAUUAAAAAAUGUACGGCCAGGAUCUGACUUAACCCGAUUGGAGUUGCCACCCAUGUUCAACAUUCCAAAGUCACAAUUACAGUGUUAUGGUGAAUCAGUAUAUUGUGUUAGUGAUGAUUUGUUGGGCAAGUGCAACAGAGGUGAGAGCCCAAUAGAGAGGUUUAAAGCAGUUCUUGCAUGGAACAUCUCCACCUUGCGUCCUUCAAUCUUUGGAGUUGCGCCUUAUAACCCUAUUCUUGGAGAGACCCAUCACGUAUCUAGGGGAACUCUUAUUGUUCUCUUUGAGCAGAUUUCAUAUCAUCCACCUGUAACUGCGCUUCAUGCAAUGGAUGAGAAAGAAAAUGUUGAGCUUUUGUGGUGUCAGCAUCUAGUUUCCAAACUCUCUGGUACUUUAGUAGAAGUUAAGAUGCAAGGAAAAAGAGAGUUGAAGCUUAUGAAUCAUGGAGAAACUUAUGUAAUGAACUCUCCAAGUCUUUUGUUCAAGUUCUUCCCACCUGGAGUUGAGUGGGAAGGUAGUGACCAAGUCAAAUGUCAUGAAACAGGUCUUGAAGCUGAGUUAACCUUUGGUGGAAGAUCCUUUUUAGGACUAAGAGGGACUUCUAGAUCAAUCAAAGGAAAGAUCUUUGAUUCCUCUUCGAAGAAACUACUUUUUGAGAUCAAUGGCCAAUGGGAUAAAAGUGUCAUGCUAAAGGAUCUAAAAAAUGGUGAAGUCAAGGUCUUAUACAGUGCAAAAGAAGCCAUUUUAGGACUUACAACUCCCAUUGUUAUAGAUCCAAAGGGAGUGUGGCAAAGUGAAUCAGCUCUAGUUUGGAGUGAGGUGAGCCAAGGCAUCAUGAGCAAAGACUGGGCAAAAGCUAUUGAAGCAAAGAAAGCUAUCGAGGAAAAUCAAAGGGUGCUUUUAAAAGAAAGAAAAUCCAAGCCUGAAACAUGGGUUCCUAAACAUUUUAUUGUGUCUUAUAGCAAGGAAAAUGGAUGGGACUGCUCACCUUUAGAAAAGACUGUCCCACCAGCUCCUAUUAUUAUACCAUUUCAUAGUUAAACAUAUAAUGACAAUAAUAAUUUAUUUUGUACUUUUACCUAUAUCCACGUGUAUAAAGAAACAUAUAUAGGCGCCUAUGUCAUAUGUGACUUAAAUCCAAUGCCUUAUUUAGUGAGAUCAAAUCAUUGUGUUACCCUUCUAA